CACUCUAUCUGUCUUCAUCUGCAGGUCCUGAGUUCCAGUAAGGCUUCUGCCACGAACACUCUGUCCAUGACUCUCAACUCAGUGGAGGGCGUCGCCCCAGGCUCUGUCAUUGGCUCUGUCCGGUCACAUGACCAGCGUGACACGCUGUCGUUGGACGGCCAGGUGACGUACGUGGUGGUGGGCGGGACGGACCGGAAGGGGACGUUCAUGGUUGACCGGGUUACGGGAGACGUGUACCUGGUCAGAGUACUGGACUAUGAGGAAGGGGACAGGUACACUCUGCAUGUGGAGGUAUCAGAUUUCACGCUGGCGUACCCCAGCAGUCACAGAGUACAGCUGGACAUUAACGUCCAAGACAGCAAUGGACCACGCCCCCCAGUUCACCGAGGACCCCGUUACCAUAGUGAUAUCAGAGAACACCCAGCCGGGAGCCUCCAUCUACACCUUCCAGGCUGCUGAUAAGGACGGCAGUGGUCCCAACAGCGAGCUGCGUUACUCAAUCCAGCACCGCUGGCCUGACUCCCUUCACCUCCUGACCCUUGACCCUUCCACCGGGGUCCUGACCUUGGGUCAGAAGUUAGAUCACGAGACCACGUCCUCCCUCUACCUGGUUGUCAGGGCGACCGACCAGGCGGAGGACGUGUCCGCGCGGCGCUGGGGGUCGGUGACGGCCCGGGUGUUUGUGACGGACGAGAAUGACAACGCUCCCGUGUUCAGCUCGUCCUCCGCCGCCAGUGUUAUGGAGGACCAGCCGGUCGGGUUCGUGGUUGUGUACGUGAUGGCUCGUGACGAGGAUGAGGGAGAGAACGGACGAGUGUCCUACAGCAUCCAAUUAGGGAACAGCGCUGGACGCUUCAGCCUCAACCCCAACACCGGUAAGACAUCUGACCCUUAACCCCUGGCCUCUGACAUGAGUAAGAUCCUAACACUACUGAGACUUCCAACAGACUCAAUCCUACAGAUGGAGGAUCUUAAUUUGAUCACUCGUUUGUUCCUGAGCCGCAGGAAAGGCAUGAAUUCACUGAAAGUUCAAACACGGUUAUAUUAACAGUAUUCCACAUUUUAUAUAGCCUCAUUUUGACCAGCUAAUAGCCUAACCACAUAUCAACCAAUGGACUAAAUGUUCAA